UAUCUCCUCUCUGUCUCUAGCGAGAAGAGAGACCUACCGUCUUCUCACUUCUCUCAUUGACAUCCAAUUCCAUCCACCAAUGGCGCGGCCGCGGCCACAGGUCGCCACCACCACUGCCAUCUUGAUCUUAUUUCUCGUGGCCGAGGUCGUUUCCUCUGGCGAAGCAACCACCAUCGUCCUCCGACCACCACGGCAGCAGCAACCGCCACACCAUGUUCCUCUCCCUCUUUCUCUCUCCUCCUCCUAGCAGCUCUUCCGGCAACUCCUCCUCUCCCUCCGUCUGCCACCAGAUUCAGGGAUCCGACCCUCUCCACCCUAACGCUCACAUGCCCCUCUACGACGAUCUCCUUCUCAACGGGUUUGCUACUUUGUUGCAUCAGUGUCCGAAUUCGAUCAAGAAGGGGUCUGCUAAGGAGAUAGCUUUAGCAGCUCAUGCCAUUGGAUUGCUAGCUCUGACCACUGGUAAUGGGGAAAGAGCUCAGAAAAUAUUGGAAGAAUCAGUUCCUCCUAUUUCACAAGCUCUCAUGUCAACUUGAGAUGCCUAGAUAUGUAAUGUUGAAGAUUUAGAUCUUGAUUCAAACUUUGGUUGAUUAGAUGGUAGUUGUCUUUGAAAUCUAUUCUGCAAAAACUAAUGCUGCUACUCUUAUCAGGUAGUGGCCACUAAACCUUUACCAGGUUUAAACCAGUUUUAUUUGAAGCUGUAAUUUUUUUAAAAUAUAUGUUUAACCAAUCAAACAAUGUGCUAGUUAUUAUGCUUUGCCCAUUGCCAACUUGGGUUUUCUAUGCGGAAGGCUUGAAGUGGUUUCUAUUUGGGACAAUGUUGGGACCUAAUUCCUUGUUAAUUUGUGUUGCUGGGGAUUUUGUAUUAGUCUAUUCUUUCUUUGAAUCUAUGGACCUUUCUUUGUUCCCCUAUUAAAGUCAUUCACUCUUUGUACAGAGAUUGUACGAGUCACCAAACUCGGUCGUCAACAAGGCGAGGACACAAUAUCGGAACAAGCAGCGAAUGUUUUCGCAGGUAGUUUAUUAUUACAAUAAAAAUAGUACUCAGCUCAUCUUUAACUCCUUAAUGAACUAUCAGAAUGAACUACCAUCAUGCCAUUUAACUCCUUAAUUUGUUUAUAUUGGUUAAAAUGAUUAUUUUAUUUUUUUUAGGCAUUUUAAAGAAUAGAAUAGCAUAUAGGUCAUCUUUGUUUGAGAGUAUAUGGUCUGAGGAUUGGAAUAAUAAUAUAAUAAAAUACUUAAUUUCAUGUUUGGUUAAGAAUCCACCCAAACAUAGCAUCCCUCAUAUAGAGAAUU